AUGGAGCCCACAGCCUCUCUCUCCAUUCUAGCCCUGCUGCUGCUCGGCCUCUCGCAGGCUGUCCCUCUCAUGGAGCCUCAGCAUGUGGACAUCACAGAAACCAUUCUGACAACCAACAACGGAUCCAGGGAACUGUUGGUGGAGGGAGACAUAGUCUUACCCAGAACCAGGAACGCUCUGCUCUGCCCCAACAACAACUGCUUCUGGAAGAAGUCCUCAACUGGCUUAGUGCAGGUUCCUUUCACACUGAGCAUUCUACAUUUCUCAUUAUCUGAUUUAUUAAUGCUAUUAUCGGAUUAUUUAUUGAUCAUUUCCUUUACAGCAUUCUUUGACUGGUAUGUAAUUGCCAGCGCUAUGAUGACCUUCCACAGCAAAACCUGCAUCCGCUUUGUUCCCAGAAGCACUGAAACUGACUACCUCAGCAUUGAGAACAGAGAUGGGUGCUACUCUCCAGUGGGCAGAUCAGGUGGUCAGCAGGUGGUCUCCCUGAACAGGAACGGCUGCGUGUACCACGGCAUCGUCCAGCACGAGCUGAACCACGCGCUGGGUUUCUACCACGAGCAGACCAGGAGUGACCGCGACCGCUACGUGAGGAUCAACUGGGCAAACAUCUCGCCAGCAAUGCAGUACAAUUUCAACAAGGAGAACACCAACAACCUCAACACCCCAUACGACUACUCCUCCGUGAUGCACUAUGGGAAAACGGCUUUCUCCAUCAACGGGCGGGACACCAUCACUCCUAUUCCUGAUGCAGCAGUGCAGAUUGGACAGAGAGUGGACCUGUCCGCCAUCAACAUCCUGAGGAUCAACACUCUCUACAAGUGCUGAGAGUCUCACCCUACUG